CUGAACUGCCUGGUUGGAGUCUCUGGGGCCAGAUGUUAUAGGGCAAGCUAAAAAUAACCAGGCGGCAGGCCACCCCUGGGGGGUGGGGCUGGGGGUGGAGGCAUGUGCUGGGCGUGGACAAAUGAUCGGAGGGGGAGCUAAGAGAGUCUGGCAGGCCAUGCACACUCCUGCUCCCCAUUUAACGGGCCCACCUGGCAAGGGGGCCCUCUUCUCUGAACAUCUGGAAAGAAACCCCUCCACCAGCUGCAGGAUGGGCAGCAGCAGAAGGAAGGUCAUCUGGGUCCUGUGCUCAUUGCUGCUGCUCCUUGAAGCCAGUUCUGCCAAGAACGUUUGGAAACGGGCAUUGCAUGCGAGGCUGGCUGAGAAACCCCACGCCGAGGAAGCGGACAGCCCCCGGCAGCCCCGCGCGGACCGCUGCCCGCCGCCCCCGCGCUCGCUGCCCCCUGGAGCCUGCGAGGUGGAGCCCUGCCAAGCCGACUCCCAGUGCCGGCAGCGCCAGCGCUGCUGCUACAACGGCUGCGCCUACGCCUGCCUGGAGGCCAUGCCGCCCCCUCCCGUCCCAGGAGGUGCAGAGACUGUUGUCAGCCCUAUUUUACAGCCGAAGACACUGAAACUCAGAGCAGCCGAACCACCUGCAGAGGUCAUACAGCGGACAGAGCUAGAGUUUCAGCCAGUCUUCUUUGUAGAUUGGCUGGUCGAGCCGAAACCUCGAUGGCUUGGUGGCAACGGCUGGCUCCUGGAUGGCCCUGAGGAGGUGUUACAAGCGGAGACCUGCAGCACCACAGAGGACGGGGCGGAGCCACUCCUCUGUCCCUCGGGCUACGAGUGUCACAUCCUGAGCCCGGGUGACAUGGCCAAGGGCAUCCCCAACCGCGGGCAGUGCGUCAAGCAGGGCCCAGCAGAGCCACUCCGAAGACAGACAGUUCACAAAAAAUAUCCAGAGGGUGACACCAAGAACGUGGCGGAACAUGGAAAAGGACAGCAGAGGCACGUUCAAUAAAGCAGUGGCGGGCUAAUUUGAAAGAACAUUCCUCACUUUCUGUAAGCCUUGGACACAGUGGUAUAAGAAUGCUUUGACCCUCAGAGGUCAUGCCCAGCUCAGCAGAGCACAGCCCCAGAGAUACCGAGAGACAGGACACCCGGCUCUCAUCCCCAGUGCCCUCCCUGGCUGGGUGACGGUGGGAGCCGCUGACCAGCGCCGGGUCCUGUUCUGUCAUCUUGGAAAUACAGCUCCACAGAUGCUACCGGGGAAGCAGGCACUGCCUUGUGAGCACGUGCGAAGCUCCUUCUAAGUCAGAGUUCCGUGUCGUGUAAUUUACAGCCUUAGCCCAGGCCUGACUCUGGUGGGCACGCACUCAGCCCUCCAGAGUCUCAGAAUAUAGCCCUGUUCUCCAAGUACAUUCGCUCAUCAUAAAAUGAAGAUGAACUUA